AACCAUUCAGAGAAAGAUUAUGGGUCACAAUGUGGAUCGCCAUUCUACCAAAAUUUUACCCGUUUAUUCUAACAGCAGAUGUCAUCAUCCUAGCGCGACGACUACAUAGAAUAACCUGCGACGUCCAUCGUGACCGGUGUUGGAAAAUACGUUUUGAAACGAUAAACAGACUGGACAGGUGAUGGCAGACCUUGGACUGAAGGAGGGGGACAGGGUGCUGCUGACAUGGACUCAGCCAUCAUCUCCUGCUGCACUGAAGGAGUUUGCUGAAAGUCUUGGCUCUAUUGUUGGUAACCAGAGUCUGGUGUCUUUGGAGAACAUGGAGAGACUACAACUUUCUUCUCAUGCAGCUUCAAGUUAUGACUGGGUUCUCUCAGGCCUUCUGGCUGAUAGCUCACCAAUCCACAGUUCUGAAAUGCUGGUGGAGAUCGCCAGAGUGAUGAAACCUGGUGGGAAACUUGUGCUAGAAGAGCCGGUAACAGGUUCUGAAGACAGCGGUGUGAGAACUGCUGGGAAAGUGAUGUCAGCUCUUAAACUGUCCGGAUUAGUGUCUGUCACAGAGGUGAAGACGGAGCCGCUGAGCCCUGAAGCAGCCGCAGCUCUGAAAGAGCGCACAGGGUUCCAGGGAAACACGCUUUCAAGGGUUCGAAUAUCGGCAUCUAAACCUAACUUUGAGGUCGGAUCCUCGACGCAACUGAAACUUUCCUUUGGCAAGAAAACAACUACAACAGAGAAACCAGCUCUUGAUCCAAGCACCGCACAAAAGUGGACUCUAUCAGCCAAUGAAAUGGAUGACGAUGAUGUGGAUUUGGUGGAUUCAGAUGCGCUUUUGGAUGCUGAUGAUCUGAAGAAGCCUGACCCGUCCUCCCUCAAAGCUUCCUGUGGGGAUGAGUCCAAAAAGAAGAAAAAAGCCUGCAAAAACUGCACGUGUGGUCUUGCUGAAGAACUGGAACAGGAGAGUAAAGCUGUUCAGAAAGCCAGCCAGCCCAAAUCAGCCUGUGGAAGUUGUUAUUUGGGUGAUGCCUUCAGAUGUGCCAGCUGUCCAUAUCUAGGCAUGCCUGCCUUCAAACCUGGGGAGAAGGUUCUGCUGGCCAACACUGAUAUAGCUGAUGCAUAGACAAUCUUUUUUGAGACAUUACAUUCCGUUAUGAUUCUGCAACAUCAAAGCCCAGAUUAGUGUCAUUUCUGUCGAAUGCACUAAAGUUACUAAAUACAUGUAUGUUAAUACAUGAAGAAAAAUGAAAAAGUUAUGCACAGUUUGUUUGUAAAUGUCACUUGCCAUGAGAUUGGUAGUCUUUAAAUAUGUCAAAUAGUAUCCAGAGAGAUCAGAUGAUUAAAUCUCAUCUUCAUGUAUAAGCAAGGAAAGACCAUUUUGAGUACAAUUUGUUUUAUUUGAAAAUCCAAAGCAGUUACUCAUGUUUUGCCUUCUGUAUAGUAGUAUGUGAUUAUUUUAAGCUAAAAUGAAAUGCUUAAUAAAAUUUGCUAAAAUAAUA